AUGAAUAGUGCCGAGAACGGGUCACAGCCCGACGGCGUGAAUGGGGUGAAUGAGACUCCCGAGCCCAUCGCGAUCAUCGGUUACGCCUGUCGUCUCUCCGGUCAGGUCUCCUCCCCCGGCGACUUAUGGGAGCUUUGCACACGCGGUCGCAGUGGAUGGUGUCCCAUCCCUAAAGACCGCUUCGACUCCGGUGCCUACCAUCAUCCUAACCCAUCCAAGUCGGGAACUACAAACCCCAUCGGCGGGUACUUUCUCGACGAGGAUGUCUCCCGAUUUGACGCCCCCUUCUUCAAUGUCACCGUUCAGGAGGCCAUUUCCAUGGACCCCCAGCAGCGAUUGCUUUUAGAAACCUCGUACGAAGCUUUGGAGAGUGCUGGCAUUCCCAAAGAAUCCCUUGCCGGCCGUAAUGUCGGUGUUUUCGUCGGUGGCAACUUCUCUGAUUACGAGCUGCGCAACUUGCGCGAUAUUGAAACUACACCCGUAUACCAGGCCACCGGCAAUGCGGCAUCCCUCCAAUCGAACAGGAUCUCCUAUUGCUUCGAUUUGUCGGGUCCGAGUUUGACCAUCGACACAGCCUGUUCCUCCUCACUCGUGGCUCUCCACUAUGCUGUACAGAGCUUGCGCAGUGGUGAAUCGAAAGAGGCUCUUGUCGGAGGUUGCAGAUUGAACAUUCUCCCUGAUUAUUUCGUUUCUAUGUCCAUGUCACAAUUGUUCAACGACGAAGGAAAAACAUACGCAUUCGAAGAGAGAGCGAAAUCCGGCUUCGCGCGUGGUGAGGGUGCUGGUGUCGUUCUCCUCAAGCCCCUCUCGGCCGCAAUCCGCGAUAAGGACCCCAUUCGGGCUGUAAUUGCUCAUACGGGCGUCAACCAAGAUGGAAGGACAAAGGGUAUCACAUUGCCGAAUGAAAAGGCACAGGAGAACUUGAUCCGUCGUGUCUACUCUGAGGCCAAUUUGAACCCCGACGAGUGUGGCUUUGCAGAAAUGCACGGCACUGGUACAAAGGCCGGAGAUCCCAUUGAAGCCGCUGCCGUCCACGCAGCCCUGGGCCAAAACCGGACAGCCAGAAACCCCCUCUAUAUUGGAUCCGUCAAGUCCAACAUUGGCCAUCUGGAAGGUGCAAGCGGUAUUGCAUCAAUCAUUAAAGCUGCUAUGAUCCUGGAUAAUGGAUUGUUGCUUCCGAAUGCCGACUUCAAGAAGCCGAACCCUAAUAUCCCUCUCAACGAAUGGAACAUGAAGGUCGUGAAUUCCACACGACCAUGGCCUCGAGGCAAGAAAUAUAUCAGUGUCUCUAAUUAUGGCUUUGGAGGUGCCAAUGCCCACGUCGUGAUGCAGAAGCCUCCUGCGCCAACACAAGCAGCCGACGACGCGGAAGCUGAUGGAGACCCCAAGCGUCGCCUGUUCCUCAUUUCAGCAAACGAUAAAGACUCGCUCAAGACUAGAAUUCAUGAUUUCGGCGUUUAUUUCGAACAAAGACCGGAGGUGUUUGAAAACUCUCUUUUCGGAAACUUUGCCUACACUCUCGGAAGCAAACUGUCGCAGCUUUCAUACCGCCUUGCCGUGUCGGCGACAUCACUUGAUGAGCUUGGUAUUCGCUUGGCUCAGUUGAAGGUCAACCCAGCUCGAGUGCUGGGCGCGCCUACCAUCGCAUUCGUCUUCACUGGACAAGGAGCCCAAUGGGCCCAAAUGGGUAUCCCGCUUAUGGCCGACUACCCGGUUUUCAAGUCUGCCAUUGUGCAGGCCGACGAGUGCCUGCGCAAACUUGGUGCGGAAUUCUCUCUUCUGGAGGAGCUUGAGAAGGAUGCUUCGGAGUCUCAGAUCAACUCUCCUCACCUGAGCCAGCCGGCUUGCACAGCACUCCAGGUUGCGUUGACUGAUCUGCUUCGGUCUUGGGGCAUUCUCCCCUCCUCGGUUGUCGGACACAGCUCUGGUGAGAUCGGUGCUGCGUACGCUGCUGGUAUCUAUGACCUCGAGGCUGCGAUGGCCCUUUCAUACCGCCGUGGUCAAAUGACCCAGCUCCUGAAGAAGUCAUUCCCUCUGCUGAAGGGUACCAUGAUUGCCAUUGGCGCUGGACCCGAGGCUGUCAAGCCGAUGCUGAAAACCCUCGGAAGCUACGCCACUAUUGCCUGCGUAAACAGUCCUUCCAGUGUGACGGUUUCCGGAGACGUUUCUGCUAUUGACGAGCUGGAGCCCAUCCUGCAAGAACAGGCAUUGUUCAACCGACGCCUCAAGAUCGAUGUGGCCUACCAUUCAGACCACAUGAAGAAUGUCGCUGAAGCCUAUCUGGCCGCCAUCGAGUCCAUUCAGCCAGCAACUACUUCCACCGCGACCUUCUUCUCUUCCGUGACUGGUGAGAUCGCCCAGCCUUCUGACUUGGGCCCAGCCUACUGGAUUCAAAACUUGACAUCCUCCGUCUUGUUCUCCGAUGCCCUGAGCAAGAUGUGUGAUGAUGAAGAGACCCGACCAAACCUCCUCAUUGAGGUUGGUCCCCAUUCUGCUCUGAAGGGUCCUAUCCUUGAUAUCCAGAAGAGCCUGGGUCCGGCGGCCUCCAAGAUUGGCUACGCCCCGACUGUGGUCCGUAAUGCUGACCCUAGCGAGACCGUCAUGGAUGCCGCUGGCGCAGCUUACGUGCGCGGAGCAUCUCUCAAAAUCACCGAUCUCAACUUCCCUUCCAGCAAUGCUAAUAACAGAUCGUUCCUGAGAGAUCUUCCUCGGUACCCGUGGCAGCAUUCUACCCGUUACUGGCACGAAUCCCGUAUCGCGGACAAGCAUGUCAAGCGAGAUGGUGUCCGCAACGAUGUUCUUGGUGCUCAGGCUAUGUACUCGAAUGACCUGGAGCCAACAUGGCGCAACAUCGUUCGUCUUGAUGAUAUUUCCUGGCUUCGCGACCACAAAAUGCAGGGCAUGAUUGUGUACCCAAUGGCUGGUUAUCUUGCUAUGGCUAUUGAAGCUGCACGCCGACGCGCCGUGCAGAAGGAGAUUCCAUUUUCCCAGUUCGAGUUCCGAGAGGUUUCCGUUGGAUCUGCACUUGUCCUGACAGAUGAUUCCUAUGCCGAGACUUCCAUCACUCUUCAACCAUUUGCCGAAGGUACUCGCGGCCACUCGGAUAUCUGGGAUCAGUUCCGCAUCUUUUCGUGGUCUGAAAAGCGCGGCUGGACUGAGCACUGCUCUGGUCUUGUCCGGGUCCGCGCCAACAAGAAGCAGCAGACCUCCGUCUCCAAUGUCGCCGAGUCCGAAGAGAAGUUCUUCCGUUCCCAAAUCGACAAGGUCAGGGAGUCGGCCACAUACAAGAUCGACAUUCAGAACUUGUACCAAGUCCUCGCAGAUGUCGGCGCAGGCUAUGGUGCUCCUUUCCAAGGACUGGAGAACUGCUUCUCCGACCCUCGCCACUGCUGUGCAGACUUGUACGUUAGGGACACCAAGAGCGGAAUGCCUAAGAAUUACGAGGUUCCUCUGACAAUUCACCCGACGUUCCUGGACGCUUUGCUGCACCUUGUCUGGCCCAUUCUUGGAAAGGGUCGCAUGGAGCUUGAUACUCUCUACAUGCCCACUCUGAUCAAGAGCUUGACUAUCAGCAGUGAGAUCCCCUCCACUCCUGGAGAAUAUACCAAGGCUUGGUGUAUUGGAGGUCCCAGUCAGCCAUCCCCCGAGCCCACCAAGUUCGAUCUGUGGGUGACUCCUAUCCACUCCAACGAGCUCUUGAUCAACAUGGAGGGCUUGGUCAUGACUCCUCUUAAGGACGGCGGCUCACUGGGCAACAGCCAAACUCGUGAUCUGUGCUACAAGUUUGAGUGGCAGACCCUGGCUAGCUUGGAGAGCCCAGUCAAUGGCGAGGCUAAGGGCCACGCCGUGACCGCUAAUGGAGCAGUGAAUGGCCAUCUCAUGCCAAACGGCGUCUCGAAUGGCCCUCUCACUCCUCUCACCCCUGAUGACGCAGUCACCAUGAAUGGAAACGGUAUUCUGCAUCAAACCGAUCUUGUGAUCACCCAGUUCGGAAAGCCAGAUGGCAAUGUCGACAAGCUUAAGGAGGCCAUUUUCAAGGACAAGUCCAAGUGGCACCCGAUAUCCACCUCGCUGGAAGAUAUUGAUGCUACCGAGAAGCAUGUCAUCGUCCUUCAGACUGGAAACAAGACUCUGCGUGACUUGACCGCGGAUGUUUUCGAGAAGAUCCAGAAGGCACUAUUGAGUGCUUCCCACCUUCUCUGGGUCUACCGCCUGGAUAACCCAGAUGCUCAGAUGAUUGUCGGUUUGAUCCGCAGUAUUCGCUCUGAGACUCUGGCCAAGGUUGCCACCCUCGGACUCGAGACCGAAAAUCUGGAGAAGCCCACAGCUCCCAUCCUGGCUGCCAUUGAUGCUCUCUGGCCCACGAACGGAGCCAAGCCCGUCGAUGACUUCGAGUUCAAGGCCAAUGGCUCUGAACUCCUGGUCCCCCGUGCCAUGGAUGACACUGCCACCAACGCCUUCGUUCACAACGAGACUCAUGAGAUGACCAUCACUUCCCAACCAUUCCAACAGCCCGGUCGACGAUUCAAGCUCCAGAUCGGUAACCUCGGUGCUCUCGAUACUCUCUACUUCACAGAGGAUAUUGUUCCCGAACUUCCUGACAACGACAUUGAGAUCGAGGUCAAGGCCACCGGUCUCAACUUCAAGGAUAUCGUCGUCACUAUGGGCCAAUUGGCUCAGCCUUACAUCGGUAUCGAGUGCAGUGGUAUCGUCACAUCCAUCGGCAAGAACGUGACAAGCCUUCAGGUCGGCCAGCGGGUCAUGGCUCUGCCACUGGGUGCAUACUCAACCUACGCCCGUUGCCCCGCUACGAGUGCAGCUCCCAUCCCAGACAACAUGACCUUCGAAGUUGCCGCGACCGUACCAGUUGUCUUCGCUACUGCGUACUACGCGCUCUUCGAUCUGGGCAGAUUGCAAGAAGAUGAACGGGUUCUCAUUCAUGCCGGUGCUGGUGGUGUCGGACAGUCGGCCAUCAUGCUGGCACAGAUGAUUGGAGCCGAGAUCUUCGUUACUGUCGGCAGCGUGGAAAAGAAGCAGUUCCUCAUGACGCAGUACGGAAUUCCGGAAGAUCAUAUCCUCUACAGUCGUGAUACUUCCUUUGCUCGCGGUAUCAAGAGAGCCACCAACGGCGAGGGUGUCGAUGUCGUGGUCAACUCGCUGGCGGGUGAUCUUCUCCGUGAGACCUGGGAGUGCCUGGCACCAUUUGGUCGCUUUAUUGAGAUCGGUAAGGCCGAUAUCACGAAGAACACUCGUCUCGACAUGCUGCCGUUUGAAUACAACGUCUCGUUUGCCUCGGUGGAUCUUACCAAGGUUGCGGCCCGCAAGCCUAAGUUGAUGAGACGUCUUCUUGACAAUGUCACUCAACUUAUGGGUAAGGGUUCCGUGAAGCCUAUUUCGCCCGUUACUGCGUACCGCAUCUCGGAACUUGAGACUGCUUUCCGCACGUUGCAGACUGGUAAGGCUAUGGGUAAGAUUGUUGUUGUUCCUCACCCUGAGGACCAGGUCAAGGCUGUUACAUCGAAGACCGGUCAUGUUCUGAAGGCCGAUGCUUCCUAUAUCCUCAUUGGUGGUACUGGCGGUCUUGGCCGAAGUAUGGCCAAGUGGAUGUCUUCAAAGGGCGCCAGAAACAUCGUGCUUGUGUCGCGAAGCGCAUCUGUCAAUGACAAGGUGCAAGAGCUGAUGGAUGAGCUGGCCGUUGACGGCACCCACAUUUCCGUCAAGGCGUGUGAUGUGAGCAGCCGGGGCUCCGUCGAGAAGCUUGUCAAGGAAGAUAUGAGAGGCCUUCCUCCAGUACGCGGUGUUGUUCACGGUGCCAUGGUUCUUCGGGAUAUCCUCUUCGAAAAGAUGACUCUGGAAGACUUCAACGCAGUCGCCGAGAGUAAGGUCGAAGGUGCCUGGAACCUCCACGACGUCCUCUCCGACUCACCGCUGGACUUCUUCGUGGCCCUCUCCUCCGUGGCAGGUACAAUCGGUAACAGAGGUCAAGCCGCGUACGCCGCAGCAAACGUCUUCCUAGACGCAUUCAUGGAAUACCGCCGCUCGCAAGGCCUGCCUGGUACAUCCAUCGACCUCACCGCCGUCCGAGAUGUCGGCUACCUGGCCGAAGUCGACAGCAAGCGCCAGCAGGAGGUUCUCAAGAACAUUGGCACAGACGGAAUGGACGAGGCCGAAGUGUUAGCCCUUUUCGCGGCCGCCAUCACAGGAGAUCUUACGAAAUCCUGCGGCGGUCACUGCAUUACAGGUCUCGAGCUCGGCAGCACGCUGGACCACUUCUGGGCGCAGGACGCCAAGUUCAGCAUUCUGUUCGAGGAGGCCAAGGCGCGACACGGUAGUGGCGCUGGUGCAGGAAAUGGACCCUCCGUCCCGUUGAACACUCAGCUUGCCAAUGCGGAGUCCAAGGAGGAGGCGUUGCAGAUUUGUUACGAGGCUCUGGCUGCUAAGUUGGCGCAGGUCCUUGUUAUUUCGUUGGAGGAUAUGGAUCCUUCUAUUACUGUUGCCUCGCUGGGUCUGGACUCGCUUGUUGCGAUUGAGAUUCGCAACUGGAUUGCUCGUGAGGCCAAUGCCAAUGUUCAGGUUUUGGAGCUCUUGUCUAGUGGGUCUUUGAUCGCGCUGGCGGAGAUCAUCCUUAAUAAGUCGCAGGCUUAG